AUGUACAGCACUUCCCAUUCCGUCUCCGCUCCAAUGAACGGCAUGGGCGGAGAGCUCGCGGAUGGUUCUGGGACCAUCAAUCCCGCUGCCUUGAACAAUGCCGCUCCUCUUCCUUCGACCCCCGUCCCAGCCCCAAACUCCAGUCCGCGAGGUGUGAAGCGUAGUCGCUCUCCGGACCAGUAUGGCGACGUGACUGUCGAGGGUGAACACGAAGAUGACGAACAAGGUCGCCGGAAACGCGGGCGACCGCCGAAAACCCCUCGCCCGUCCGGUAACGGCACCUCGACCACGACCUCCCAACAGACGGCACCCGUGCCUGCUCCAGCUCAGACACCUCAGAUGUCGUCGCAGUCGUUGCCCCAGCAAAGCGACGUUUCUCCGCCGCAAACAUCCCCCCCUACCAAAACGACCCCGACAAAGUCAGUGGUCAAGGCGCUGCCCACGGUGAGGGAUCACACGACGGACCAACUCAAUGCCGACGGUGACGAAUACAUUCCCAAGGAGUUUGACGAGGCCGGUGAGAAGAAGGUUGAUGCGCUUGGUUACCCGCAAGAUGGCCGCGAGUACAAAUGUCGGACGUUCCGCGUUCCCAAUCGCGGCAACAAGCUCUUCAUGUUGGCAACCGAGUGCGCGCGCGUCCUGGGAUAUCGCGACUCGUACCUGCUGUUCAACAAGAAUCGGUCGCUCUACAAGAUCAUCGCAACCCAGGCCGAAAAGGAUGACCUGAUUCAGCAGGACAUUCUGCCCUACUCUUACCGGUCCCGCCAGAUCGCCAUCGUCACCGCCAAGUCGAUGUUUCGGCAAUUCGGGAGCAGGGUCAUUGUGAAUGGGCGGCGAGUGCGCGAUGACUACUGGGAGAGCAAAGCGAGAAAGCAGGGCUUCACCGAAGACGAUCUCGCCGGAGAGAAACGACCGGGGGGAGCCAAAGCCCGGGAUGCCGCCGCAGCGGAGGCUGCUGCGACAGCAGGAAUGUUACCGAAUCUCGGCCAUGGCGACGUCGUUUACAGUAACACGAUGGAAGGGUUGCCGCAUGGCCUUCCACCCGGUCUUAGCCCUCAUGCCGCUACGUUGGCGCCUCUGCCCAUGAUCCAUCUCACGCCAACUACAGAUGACCCCCGGCUACGAGAAUUCAGCAGCAUCCCACGACCCCGACAGGAAAUCACGGGCCAGCCGUACCAGGACCGCACCCAACCCAGCAGCGCUUCGGAGAUUCUGAACCAGGCGUCGCAGACGGCCGACUUCAACAAGAUUCUGAAUUCUCAGCGCGCCUUCAGGCAGAAGGGACUCGAGGAGUUUUACGCCAGUCAACGAGACAUUCCCGUCACCACCGCGUCGCAGUCUCAACCAGGACAGAUCGAUGUCACCGCUCCCGUAGUCUCUCAGGCGCUCCAGUCACCUCAGAUGUCGACAUCAUCGGGGCUGAUCAAUCCCAGCCAGGCGCAGCAGCAGAAUGUUCUCUCCCAGCCGGCGUCGAUGCUGACCUCGUCUCAAGGAGGCUACUCUCAACAGCCACAUCAGCAAACCCAUGUCGCGCAGUCUCCGGUUCGAGGAGUCCCGCAAGGCAUUCGACCGGAUGUCUUACAGCAGCGAACCUCCAACCCUGCAUUGUCGUCUGCUACUUCGGCUCAAACAGCGCCGUUUGUAUACCCGUCGCAGACGCAGCAAAUGUGGGGUCAGCCGCCGCCGCAACCGCAGCCGAUGACUGCCUCUCCGCACAUGGGAAUGCCUCAGUAUGCGUCGCCGAUGCACCCUCAGCAAAGCCCGUCGCCUCUUCCCCAGCAGCAGCAACCGCAUCCGUCACAGUCGCCUCACAGUCAGCCCCGUCCCGCACAGCAGAUGCCACAGUCCAUGCAGAUGCACCCACAGGUACCGCAGGCGCCGGGCAUGGCGUCGCUUGGGUAUCAGGGCGGGUAUUCCAACAUGGGCACCCGGGCUAUGUAUCCGUCAGGGCAAAAUCCCAACCAACAAUUUCUGCAACAGCCGGGAAUGAACAUGGGGAUGGGCGCUGGGGUAGGAAUGCCUGGUUGGCCCUCACCUGCUGGUGGACACAUGCAGCCUGGUCAACCUCAGCAAGGCCAGUCGGGCAGUCCAUUAGGAGGAUGGUCAGGCUACUAG